AUGUGUUGCUUGCCGCAGCAGAUGCUUUGGAACAGAAAAAAGAAGAAAAAGAAGCCCACAAAAGUCGGAGCUACUUGUCGACUCCACGCCGUUCGCACGGCUGUGCUCUGGGACCCGGAGCUGAUGUUGAUGACCGAAAUCAUAAGCUAUCAUCCGAUUCAGAACGGGAGCAAGUAUUUGCAUGAAAGCAAUAGUCGGGAAGGCACUCGGCCGUCACCAUCGGGACGAGAGAAAGCCUCCGACGUAUACCGGAACUACUCGACUCGCGCAGAUCUUUCUCUGUCGGCCCAAUCAGAUCGGGAGGAAGCCACCGACGAAAAUUGGAACUACUUGGAUACUUCCCAUUUGCAUGAAAGCAAUAGUCGGGAAGGCACUCUGCCGUCACCAUCAGGACGAGAGGAAGCCACCGACGAAUACCGGAACUACUCGACUGCGGGCCGGACUUUGCACGAUUGUGUCCUGGAAUCCCGGGCGAAUGCCAGUCGCGCAGAUCUUUCUCUGUCGGCCCAAUCAGAUCGGAAGGAAGCUACCGACGAAAAUUGGAACUACUUGGAUACUUCCCAAUCUGACAAUGACUACACAGCGGAUGACGACUGUGAUCCAGAAUGGAUGCCAGAUGGCGACGCUAGUCAGUUGAAUGACUUAUCGGUUUAUGAAUAUUUUGAGAAAUUUAAAAAUAAUGUCUUAUCCGACCAUGAAUCUGGUGCUUCCUCUGCUGGCGAAGACGAGGUGGAUGAAGAGCCUCUGGAUAAUAAGUCAAAGAUGCGAAAGAGGAACCGGAUUCUUAAAGAAAAAGGUUCGUCUUAUAAAAGGAUGGACGGAACUGUUGUCCAAGCCAGGCGGGUACAACCACCAUGUGGAUGCAAAAUGCGGUGCUAUGACAAAUUUUCUGAAUCUGUCCGACAAAAUCUGCUAUUAAAGCUGCUGACAUUAACUCAAUCCGGACAGAAUCAGUUUUUGUCCAAUCACAUAGUCGUCAUCAAUACGGUUCGCCCUAAGGUUCUAAUUUCACGGCGUACUCGAUCUCGGAUUUAUAGGUUACCGGGUGUUGGUGGUCCCGUAAAGGUUUGUAAACUUAUGUUUAUGGCUACAUUUGACCUGAAGGACAGGAAAGUUCGUACUCUCGCCAACAAGCUUGUUUUGGGACAAGGGGUUGCUUCAGAUGACAUGAGGAAAGGCAAUUGUUCUCGAAAACAAAUUAGUCCUGAGCACGCCGACUACAUCAUUAAGCACAUCAAGUCAUUUCCGGCUGAAGAAAGCCACUACGGUCGCGAGAAAUCAUCAAGGCUCUACUUAUCGUCUGAUUUAAAUGUCCAGCGUAUGUAUGAACUGUACCAGGACCAGUGUGGAGUGGAUAAUUUCAUACCAGUUCAUUACAAUACCUAUCGGCGUGCAUUUAAUACUCAAAAUCUUAAGUUUCGAAAACCUAAGAUUGAUACAUGUAACACAUGCGACAUGCUUAAGGUAGAGUUACAAGUAGAGAAAGACGAAGAAAAGCGGAAGGAAGUAAUCGUUCGGAAGGAGGCACAUCAACUCGAGGCUCAGCGAAUCUACGACGAAAAAAGGGAUGACAAGAAGCGGGCGGACCAGGAUAUCUGUGCCUUUACCGACUGA